AACAGAGAUAUCAUAUUCUGAUAUAUUCAUAUUCACAUUUUCAUAUCUCUUGAAUAUAGAAAGACACCAAAAACCAUGAAAUUUGUGGCGCGUGUUUACCUCACACUAUGGCUAGCAUCUUCUUUUAUCAUUAUGAUGGCCACAGUACAAAGGGCAAGGUUGUUGUUUGCGACAAAUGAAUACUACGUUCGAGUGAUUAACGGUUUCAGUGACAAUUCCUCUGUGCCGUUGGUGAUUUGGUGUGCCUCGGAGGAGAUGGAUCUUGGAGGGCGUGCUCUGCAAGAACACGAUGAUUUCAGCUGGGUGAUGAGGCCGAAUUUCUGGAGCAGCAACCGCAUGAAGUGCACCAUGAAAUGGGGCAAUACGAGGAAGAGCUUCGAGGCGUUUAAGGCUUCUAGGGACACUGAUCGGUGUGGCCUUCAUAGGAUGUGUUCUUGGAUGGUAACUCAAAAUGGGUUUUAUUUCAGCAAUGAUGAGGUUAAUUGGAGGAAGGAUUUCUUGUGGUGAAUCCUCAAUUAUGUCAUGAAUGAGGACUUUAAUAAAAAUUACAUCCAAAUAUUUUGGAAGCCAUGCAUUUGGUUUGUA